UUCUCUUCAUUCACCAUUUCACUAGCUUCAAACAAUCAAGAAAACAACAUGUCUCUUUUCCCUAUUUUUCUUAUUGCUUUUCUUGCACUUCUUUCCCCUAUUCAUGCCUAUGGUGGAGGUGGCUGGAUUAAUGCUCAUGCCACCUUUUAUGGUGGUGGUGAUGCCUCAGGAACAAUGGGUGGGGCAUGUGGAUAUGGGAACUUGUAUAGUCAAGGUUAUGGAACAAACACAGCAGCAUUGAGUACAGCUCUGUUCAACAAUGGAUUAAGUUGUGGUUCUUGCUUUGAGAUUAGGUGUGUUAAUGAUGGAAAGUGGUGUUUGCCAGCCACCAUUUUGGUGACUGCUACUAACUUUUGUCCACCUAAUAGUGAUGGUGGAUGGUGCAACCCUCCAAAUCAUCACUUUGAUCUCUCUCAGCCUGUAUUCCAACAUAUUGCCCAAUACAAAGCUGGAAUUGUCCCUGUUGCUUAUAGAAGGGUACCAUGUAGAAGAAGGGGUGGAAUAAGGUUCCAAAUCAAUGGACAUUCAUACUUUAACCUUGUAUUGAUCACAAAUGUGGGAGGUGCUGGUGAUGUGCACUCUGUGGCUAUCAAAGGUUCAAGGACUGGUUGGCAACAAAUGUCAAGAAACUGGGGUCAGAAUUGGCAAUCCAAUUCUUAUCUCAAUGGACAAUCCUUGUCUUUUAAAGUCACAACUAGUGAUGGCAGGACUGUGGUGUCUUACAAUGUUGCCCCUGCUAGAUGGUCUUUUGGUCAAACCUUUAGUGGUGCCCAAUUUCACUAGCUAGAAAAUUGACACUAUUUAUUACAUAUAUAACUUAUAUCUAUAUAUAUAUUGUUAUGUAGCAGUACUUAUAUUUUGUUACUGCUACACUAUUUUAUGACCAUUAGGACUUAAUUUCAAAAGUUCAUUUUGGGUUUUUAGGGUACCCUCUGAUAUAAGAGCAGCUCUUUUUUUUUUUUUUUUCCCUUUUUCAAUUCAUAAUAUCAAAAGGGCAGUGGUGGAAUUAACCACCCGCUAGUAUUAGUAGUUGAAGGUGUAAUGGUUUUUAAAUUGGAGGUACUAAUUAAGUUGUAUAUUUAUGGUUUUUAAUGUUGGUAAUGGAAGAUGACUAGUAAUUUAUUAUC